GGAAAACUUUUCGUGUUUAGGCGCCAGAGUUCCGUCUGUGUCACGCGAAAAAUAAUUGAUGAACCAGCAUGGUGAAUGGACAUGUGAUUCCCUUUACACCCAUAGCUGUUGAUUUCUGGAAGAUUCGAAAGUCUCCCAGGGCAAAGGUGUUUUUCCUGUCACACUGUCAUGCCGACCACACCGAGGGCCUCUCUUCAACCUGGAAAAAACCCAUCUAUUGCUCAGAGGUAACAGCAAAAAUUGUGCAGCUGAAGUUAAAUGUGGAUGAAAAAAUACUACGUCCUCUUGAACUGAAUCGCGGCCAUAUCAUAGGUCUGGAUAGUGAAAGCUCUGAAACCAUGAGUGUAAUGCUCAUAGAUGCAAACCAUUGUCCUGCAACUAUGUUUGUUUUUCAAGGAUACUUUGGAAAUAUUCUCUACACUGGGGAUUUUCGUUUCCAUGUAGAUAUGCUAACGAAAACCCCACUUCUUGAAUUAGGCAUUGAUACACUGUAUUUGGAUAAUACUUACUGUUCUCCAUCGUGUGAGUUCCCACCUAGGGAACAAUGUGUAGAAAAAGUCUUAAAUAUUGUGAGAGAAAGUGCAGAUGCUGACAGCAUAGUCAUAGGCAUUAGGUCUUUGGGUAAAGAAGAGCUCCUAGUUCAGAUCGCACACUCAGUCAAUGAAUGGAUUGGAGUGUCUCAAACUUUUUAUGAAACUGCUGAAGUUUUGAAUCUCCCGGAUGUUUUUAACACUAACAUUUCAAAUUGUCGUAUAAAAACUCAACCCCUUCAUAUGAUUUCAAGUAAGAAUGUGAAACAGUGGAAUGAAACACACCAAACAGUGGUCAUCCUACCGACAGCUCUUUAUCAUGGUAUCCAAGGUAUGCCCUUUUCCAACCUAGAGAAUGUGCAUAUUGUGCCAUAUUCUGACCACAGCUCUUAUACUGAACUAGUUGAGUUUGUUUCCAAGAUAACUCCUAAAAGAAUAAUCCCCAUUGUAAGUGGUAGAUCAAGAGGUCUCAUGGGAAUGUCUGGUCAAGAUCGUUCAGAUAUGAGUUGCUUUUCUCAGUACAUGAAAUCGGCCAAAAUGCAUUCUUUCUACAUUCCUGCAAGUGUGAAAUCUUUUAUGUCCAGUGGUGGCUCUGCUCUCAAAACCUGUCGACAAAAAAGUGCGUUGCGCUUUCUGCGGUCGGCAAGGAAACAGGCUAUGAAAUCCAAGUUGGGAGUAAAUUACAUUGACUCUCCAGAGAAAACCAAGCCAGACCUAAACUCAGGUGUGGCACGACCAUUAAUUACCAGCGGUCAUCAGGAAGUAUUGGUGAACAAAAGAAAAUGUGAUGAUUUGUCAGACAGUAAAUGCAGGAACGAAAUGGAAAAUUGUCCCUCUUGUGAUGGUCUUGAAGAGUUUGCACAUGUAUCCCGAAAAUGUAAAAAAUGUGCUUUGGAGACAGAUUUUGGUUAUCCUAGAACUUUUGUCGAACAGAUGGAAGAGCCUAACUUGGCAUGUAAUGAUGAAAAAGGCCAAGUCACAGUGAUUACAUUAACAGUAGAAGACAGUGAGUCUGACCCAGAAUGUGAUCAAAGCAAUGGUGUAGAAACCCGUGGAAAACAGGCAAACACCUCUCAACUCCAUGGUGACUCCACCGAUGGAGAAUCUUUUAACAACAGUGAGCAACUGGAACAGUUCUUUGAGAGUGUAGAUAAUCCAUCUCCUGUUUCUUCAGCAAUAUCAAAUGAAUUAAAUUAUUCUGUAGAACCUGAUUCUCUGCAUUGUGGAAAUAAGGCAGUAAUGGGAAAACAUUUAUGUGAGGAAUUCAAUGUAAUACCAUUACAUAAAAAAAGACGACGGAAGUUGAUGCAUACUUAUUAGAAGAACGUAAGGCAUGAAUUGGUCCUUCAUAAGUAAUGUGGUCAUAUUUAUUUCAAUGCUAAUUAGCAUAAGAUUUUGAAUUUUGAUAAAGAAUUUCAUUAAUGUAAUACUUUGAAAAAAAUGUGGAACAACAUGUUGAGAGCCUGAAAGCUUUUUAAAUUGUAUGAUGAACUGUAAGCUAUGAAAUCUCAGAUACAUGUACAACAAGUUUUCUGAUAUAUUUGAUUUUAUGUAAAAUGUGAUUUUUAUGUAAAAGUUAAU